CCAGUAACAAAGAAAAGGACCUUAAAAAAAUGCUCAAAUUCCCAUAAAGAAAAGAAACAUUUAGAGAAAGAAACUCUGAACUCAAACCUGCAUAAUUUGGAUGCGAAAAUCCAGUAGUUGACUCACUGAGUCAUGGAUUAUCGGCUAAAAGUAAAACGGUAUCUUCUUCUGCUUUUGAUUUAGCUCUACCUCUCUCAGUUUCAGGGUUUCAGGUUUCUACUAGAUUGAGAUAAAGUGAAUGACACUAUGGGUGUGUCAGGGAAGUGGAUUAAAGCAUUGGUUGGUAUAAAGAAAUCAGAUAAGUCCGAGUCCUCAGAGAAGGAUGGAAAUAAGUUUGGCAAGUUUCGGCAUCGGAGAAAGCAUUCCAUCGAAAUUGACAAAAGUAAACUUCAAAAUGAGUUUAGCAAUAAUGGUACUCCACCUAUUGGAGAUGCUGACCCCCCUUCAAACCUUGAUGCUCAUUAUUCACCUUCUACUUCACAACAAGCACAAGAUGCUGCACAUAAUCAUCAAAUCAUGAGGGAAGAAUGGGCUGCAACACGUAUUCAAACAGCAUUUCGAGGAUUUCUGGCCAGAAGAGCACUACGAGCUUUGAAAGGAUUGGUAAGGCUUCAGGCCCUUGUAAGAGGUCAUGCAGUAAGAAAACAAGCUGCAAUAACUCUCCGUUGUAUGCAAGCUUUGGUGAGGGUUCAAGCUCGUGUUCGAGCAAGGCGCGUUCGCUUGGCAUUGGAAAAUCAAACAGCACAAGAGAAACUGCAGCAACAGCUUGCAAAUGAGGCCCGUGUUCGUGAAACUGAAGAAGGUUGGUGUGAUAGUGUGGGAUCUGUUGAAGAAAUUCAAGCCAAAAUAUUAAAGAGACAGGAGGCUGCAGCCAAACGUGAGAGAGCCAUGGCAUAUGCUCUAGCCCAUCAGUGGCAAGCAGGAUCAAGGCAGCAGGCUGUUUCCUCUGGAUUUGAACCUGAUAAAAAUAGUUGGGGUUGGAAUUGGUUGGAAAGAUGGAUGGCUGUACGUCCUUGGGAGAAUCGCUUUCUUGACACUAAUAUGAGAGAUGGAGCAAUGGUUGAUGCAAAUGUGGCUAUAGAUGGUAAAAAUGGGAUCAAACCUCAGUUAAAAUCAGUUAACACAAAAUCAAUUCCAUCGAAUAUCCAUCCAAACCUUGCCAAUCAGAAAACUGGUCCUUCUCUUUCUGAUGGCUGUGAUUCCUCACCUAGUAAGUCAGCAGGUUUGCUAGAGUCAUCAAACACAAAGUCUGUUAAACCAAAGUCUAAUGCAAAUGUUCAAAAUCCUAUUGAAGAUGCCAACUCAAAACCUGAAAUUCAAAGAUCUCAUAGUAAUCCAAAGGAGAGAACUGCACCAGUAGACAAGCAGGCAAAGAAAAGAUUAUCCCUGCCUAACAAUGCAGGAGGUCCUGGGGCUCAAACAGCAAAAAAUUCUACUAGAACGACGCGUGGCGUGCAAAAGCCUAUGAGGGAUAAACCUAAAUUCAAUGGAGGGGGGGAUAUGCAUAUUACUAAAUCUGUUCCACAGCCCACAGUUAUGUAGCUUCCAUUCUCCGUUGAGUGUGUGGGUGAUAUGGCAUUUGUCUAUCUGGACAUGUAUUGCAAAGUGUUGAAGGGUUGCUACCACAAUGCACAUGCAUGUUCCUCUCCUCCAUGAAGAUGCUGAUAUGGUUUGCUUGUGAGAUUGGGUUGUGUUAUCAUGAAUUUGCCUGUUAAGGGGUUAUCAUGGACACACGUCUGUUGUAAUUAUGCAUAUUUAUUAUUGUGAGCUGUGUGAUAAUGCGGUGUAUUUAUCUUCAGAUGUAAAACUUUCAGAGUGCCAUUCCCUUCCAUUUUAUUGCUAUUACCAAGUUGCAGGGUAUUCAUUUAUCAUUGUCAGGUUCCUAGAUAUUGUUUUUCUGGUAAGAACACGAACCACAGUUGAAAAUAACAUAAUCAAGAGUGGAACAAUUUUAUU